AUGCAAGCCAUACGACACCACCCCCCUGGCGGCACCGAAAAGCUCAAGAUCGCCAGGGAAGACAUACCGCAGAUCGCAGACGACGAGAUCCUGGUGAAAAUUCACGCCGCCAGCGUCAUCUGGAUGGAGCUGUACUGGGACAUCUACCGCAAAGAUGACGGCACAUACAAAACCCCCAUCCUGGGGGAGGAUUACUCCGGCGUCAUCGCAAAGGUCGGGCCCAAGGUGCCUCCUGACAGAGGCCUGCAGGUCGGCACCGAAGUCAUGGCAUUCAUGAGUAAAGCAUUCCCCACCGACCGGAGUAUCGACGGUGGCAUGGCAGGCUAUGCAAAGGCACACUUUUCCAAGAUGGUGCCCAAGCCGCGCAGUCUGAGCAUGACUGACGCUGCGUCGGUGCCGCUUUCUGCUCUUACUGCGUGGCAGGGAUUGUUUGACCAUGCUGAGAUCAAGCCUGGACAGACUCUGCUUGUUACAGGGGCGGCUGGGCCAACUGCAAUCUGGGCUGUCCAGAUAGGGAAGAUGGUUGGGGCGAAGGUUAUCGGUACAGCAGCAUCGGAGGAAAGCUUUAAGCUGCUGAAGUCGUUUGGGGUGGACCAGAUCUUAAACUACAAGGAGGAUAAGCUCAGCUCGGUCCUAAAGGAUGUCAGUGUCGACGUCGUCUUCGAUACUGUAGGCGGCGACACCACGAGGCAGGCCCUUGAGAUACUCAACAAAGAUGGAAAGCUUAUCCAUAUCAAGGACAGGACAAUGGUCGACCAACUCGGCAAGGAGGCUGGCGGACGGCUUAUCUUCUUCAUCGUCGAUAUGAAUGCGGAACAGUUGGCAAAGAUUGCAAGCUUGAUUGACGAGGGCAAGCUGAAGCCAGUCGUUGACUCUGUCUUUGACUUUAAUGAUGUAGUCAGCGCAUUCAAGAAGGGCGAGUCAGGCCGUGCCCAUGGAAAGAUUGUGCUCCUGGGCCCUGAUGUAUAG